GGGGGGGGCGGGGGGCUACCACACCCCUACCGGCUGGGGACUGUAGAAAUCGCACCUGCGCAGAGCCUUCCCAAGACGCUGCUUCGGGCCAGACCCCACCCUCUUUGCCCUGUUGUUGCGUCACCGGUUGCCACGGAGACUGCACUGUUUACCUUCCUCUUCUGCUAGAGCCCGGAGUUCAGUUGAGGUUAGGAGGCUCCCAACCUGAGCUGGUAUAGUAAUUUGUGCCGUUGAGGACUUUGGAAACCCCAAAUGGCCAAACUACUGCAACCUCCACCCAAGUUCCUGCCCUUGGAGUGGUACAUUGCUAACAAGAACCAGUACCACAGAGCAGAGGCCCAAAGGUCCCAGUCCGAACGCCUGGUGGCAGAAAGCCAGAGGCUUGUGGAGGAAAUUGAAAAGACCACAAGGAAAUCUCAAAGUGAUGUAAACAAAAAACUAGAACAGAGACUCGAAGAAGUCAGGUUCUGGAAGAAGGAGCUAGAUGACAAACUUGAGCAGCUUGUGUAUGUGACUGAAGAUCUGCUUGCGUACAAGACCAGACUGGAGAAAGCCCUGGAGGGCCUGAAGGAGCCCAUGCGCAUCACUCAGAUGUGCCUGGAAUACAGGGAGAAGCGAGUUGGCAUCGACCUGGUGCAUGAUGAAGUGGAGCAGGAGCUCAUAAAGGAGGCCGAGAUCCUCCAGGGGGUGAUGGCCCUGCUGACCCGCACCCUGGAGGAGACAACCGAGCAGAUCAGGCUGAACCGCGCUGCAAAGUACAAUCUGGAAAAGGAUUUGAAAGACAAGUUUGUGGCCUUGACCAUUGACGAUACCUGCUUCUCCCUCACCAACAACUCGCCAAACAUCAGAUAUUCUGAGAACGUUGUGAGGGUGGAACCAAACUCUGUGAGUCUGGAGGACUGGUUGGACUUCUCCAACACCAACCUGGAGAAGGCCGACAAGCAGAGGAACAACUCCCUGACGCUGAAGGCCCUGGUGGACCGAGUCCUGUCCCAGACGGCCAGAGACAUGUGCAAGCAAUGUGACGUGGUGGACACGGCCUUCAAGAAUGGGCUGAAGGAGACCAAGGAUGCCAGGGACAAGCUGGCCACUCAUUUGGCCAAGGUCAUGGAAGAGAUUGCUUCCCAAGAGAAAAAUGUUACAGCCCUUGAAAAAGCCAUCCUUGACCAAGAAGGACCUGCCAAGUUGGCUCAUACACGCCUGGAGACCAGGACACAUCGGCCUAACGUGGAGCUGUGUCGCGAUGUGGCCCAGUAUCGGCUGAUCCAGGAGGUUCACGAGAUCAACCACAAUGUUUCCAGGUUAAAGGAGAUAUUGGCCCAAGCGCAGGUGGAGCUGAAAGGGCUGAAUCACAGACAGCUCGCCCUACAGGAGGAGAUCCAGGUCAAAGAAAACACCAUCUACAUCGACGAAGUGCUGUGCAUGCACAUGAGGAAGUCCAUCCCGCCACGGGAUGGGGACGACCACGGGGAGUGGGCGGGGGGCCUCCGCCCCGACGCUGUCUGCUAAAAGCUGGGGCAGUCAGAUGCUCAUUAAAUCAACGUCAUGAAACAGUA